AUGCGUGUGGUAACCAUCAUAAUCCUGCUCUUGUUUUGUAAAGCCUCCGAGCUCCGCAAGGCGAGCCCCGGGGGUGUGAGAAACCGAGCUGGUCAUGGCAGGGUGGGUGGGGGCAGGAGAGGCUCCAACCUGGUCAAACGCUACGCACCAGGCCUUCCCUGCGAAGUGUACAUGUAUCUUCAUGAAAAAUAUUUAGAUUGUCAAGAAAGAAAACUAGUUUAUGUGCUGCCUGGCUGGCCUCAGGAUUUGCUGCACAUGCUUUUAGCAAGAAACAAGAUCCGCAUAUUGAAAAACAAUAUGUUUUCCAAGUUUAAAAAGCUUAAAAGCUUGGAUCUGCAACAGAAUGAGAUCUCCAAAAUUGAGAGCGAGACUUUCUUUGGUUUAAAUAAACUUACCACUCUCUUACUGCAGCAUAACCAGAUAAAAAUCUUGACUGAGGAAGUGUUUAUUUAUACACCUCUGCUGAGCUACCUGCGCCUUUAUGACAACCCCUGGCACUGUACUUGUGACAUGGAAACACUCAUUUCAAUGUUGCACAUUCCAAAGAACCGAAAUCUGGGGAACUACGCCAAGUGCGAAAGCCCACAAGAACUAAAAAAUAAAAAACUGCGGCAGAUAAAAUCUGAAGAGUUAUGUAACGAAGAAGAAAAAGACCAAUUAGCCCCAAAACCCCAAGUGUCAGGGAGACCCCCUGUCAUCAAGCCUGAGGUGGACUCUUCUCUUUGCCACAUUUAUGUGUUUCCCAUACAAACACUGGACUGCAAAAGAAAAGAGCUGAAGAAAGUUCCAAACAACAUCCCUCCAGAUAUUGUUAAACUUGACUUGUCGCACAAUAAAAUCAACCAACUUCGACCCAAGGAGUUUGAAGAUGUUCAUGAGCUAAAGAAAUUAAACCUUAGCAGCAAUGGUAUUGAAUUUAUAGACCCUGCUGCCUUUUUAGGACUCACACACUUAGAAGAGUUAGAUUUAUCAAACAACAGUCUGCAAAACUUUGACUAUGGAGUAUUAGAAGACUUGUAUUUUUUGAAACUCUUGUGGCUCAAAGAUAACCCUUGGAGAUGUGACUACAGCAUCCACUACCUCUACUACUGGUUAAAGCACCACUACAACGUUCACUAUCAUGGCCUGGAAUGCAAAAUGCCUGAAGAAUACAAAGGGUGGUUUGUGGGAAAAUAUGUUCGGAGUUACUAUGAAGAAUGUCCUAAAGAUAAAUUACCAGCAUACCCUGAAAUAUUUGACCAGGAUACGGAAGAUGACGAAUGGGAAAAAAUACAUAGGGAAAACACAGUAAAGAAACAAAGUGUAAGAAUCACUAUAGUGGGGUAA